GGCGGCGGCGGCGGGAUGGCCCGGGCCCGCGGCCAGGCCCCGGGGAGCGGCGGCCGGCGGCGGCCGCGGCGGGGCGGCGCGGGAACCGGGCCCCGGGGGGAGUCGGCCGGGCUGCUGCUGCUACUGCUCCAGGUGCUGCCGCCCGGGGCUGCGGCAGGGCCGGGGCGCCGGGGCACGCGGGGAGCCGGCGGCGGCGGCGUCUGCUGGCCCGGCGCUGCCCCUGCCUUUCCCCGGGACGCGCGGCUGCUGCUGCUCCUGCCGCCGCUGCCGCCGCUGUCGCCGCCGCCGCCGCCGCCGAGCUCCGCGCCAGCAGCCUCCGCCUCCCGGAUGGACACUCUGCCCCGCGGCGGGCUGAACCUGAAGGAGGAGCCGCUGCUGCCCGCCGGCCUGGGCUCGGUGCGCUCCUGGAUGCAGGGCGCGGGCAUCCUGGACGCCAGCACCGCGGCGCAGAGUGGCGUGGGCCUGGCACGCGCACAUUUUGAGAAGCAGCCCCCCUCCAACCUCAGGAAAUCCAACUUCUUCCACUUCGUGCUGGCCAUGUAUGACCGGCAGGGGCAGCCCGUGGAGGUGGAGCGCACAGCCUUCAUCGAUUUCGUGGAAAAGGACCGUGAACCUGGGGCUGAAAAGACAAACAACGGGAUCCAUUACCGCCUCCGAUUGGUGUAUAACAAUGGACUUCGGACGGAGCAGGACCUCUAUGUGCGCCUCAUUGACUCCAUGUCCAAGCAGGCCAUCAUCUAUGAGGGGCAGGACAAGAACCCUGAAAUGUGCCGAGUGCUGCUCACUCAUGAGAUCAUGUGCAGCCGGUGCUGUGACCGGAAGAGCUGUGGCAACCGGAACGAGACACCCUCUGACCCGGUCAUUAUUGACAGGUUCUUCCUCAAGUUCUUCCUCAAGUGCAACCAGAACUGCCUAAAGAAUGCAGGGAAUCCCCGAGACAUGCGCCGCUUCCAGGUGGUGGUGUCCACGACGGUGAGCGUGGAUGGGCACGUGCUGGCCGUGUCUGACAACAUGUUUGUGCACAACAACUCCAAGCAUGGUCGCAGGGCGCGCCGCCUGGACCCCUCUGAAGCUGCCACCCCCUGUAUCAAGGCCAUCAGCCCCGGGGAGGGCUGGACCACAGGAGGCGCCACCGUCAUUGUCAUCGGCGACAACUUCUUCGAUGGAUUGCAGGUCGUGUUCGGGAACGUGCUCGUGUGGAGCGAGCUCAUCACGCCCCACGCCAUACGGGUUCAGACGCCCCCGCGGCACAUUCCCGGGGUGGUGGAGGUGACCCUGUCCUACAAGUCCAAGCAGUUUUGCAAGGGAGCCCCCGGCCGUUUUGUCUACACAGCCCUGAAUGAGCCCACCAUCGACUACGGAUUCCAGAGGCUACAGAAAGCCAUCCCCAGACACCCCGGAGAUCCUGAGAGGCUGCCCAAGGAGGUGCUGUUGAAGCGGGCGGCCGACCUGGCGGAGGCCCUGUACGGAGUGCCCAGUAGUAACCAGGAGCUCCUCCUGAAGCGCGCGGCAGACGUGGCCGAGGCUCUGUACAGCGCCCCCCGCGCGCCCGCGCCGCUGGGACCCCUGGCCCCGAGCCACCCACACCCGGCCGUCGUGGGCAUCAACGCCUUCAGCAGCCCGCUGGCCAUCGCCGUCGGGGACGCCACGCCGGGCCCGGAGCCGGGCUACGCGCGCAGCUGCAGCAGCGCGUCCCCACGCGGGUUCGCGCCCAGCCCCGGCUCGCAGCAGAGCAGCUACGGCAGCGGCCUCGGCUCGGGCCUCGGCAGCUACGGGGCGCCGGGCGUGGCCGGCCUCGGCGUGCCCGGGUCCCCUAGCUUCCUCAAUGGCUCCACGGCCACUUCACCCUUCGCCAUCAUGCCCUCUAGCCCCCCGCUGGCCGCUGCCUCCUCCAUGUCCCUCCCGGCCGCUGCCCCCACCACCAGCGUCUUCUCCUUCUCGCCUGUCAACAUGAUCUCCGCUGUCAAACAGAGGAGCGCCUUCGCCCCCGUGCUGCGCCCACCCAGCUCCCCACCCCAGGCCUGCCCCAGAGCCCAAGGAGAGGGGCUUCCAGACCAGCCUUUUGAAGAUUCCGACAAGUUCCACUCUUCAGCCCGGGGGCUCCAGGGCCUGGCCUACUCCUAAUCGCGGUCUGCGGGUGUUGCCCCCACCGAGCCCGGACUGGAGGGCCCUCUGGGAUUCACACUCAUGUCCCGGAUGGCAGCACAGACAGAUGCAGAGCCAGGGCUUCGGGCAGACAUCAACCCAGGGGCCUGAACAGGCCUCCCUGUGCUUCAGGCCUCCAGCCCCACAGGCUUCUCUCACCUCCCCUUCUUGGGGCCGGUUGAAGGCCUAGCACUGUGCUGACGCUCUCGGCAGGAGAGCAUCCCGAGGUCCUGGGAUGCUGGGCCUUACUGGGUCGGUUCCUCUGGAAGAGAUGGGCCUUGUGCAGACCAGACCAUCAGGUGGCAGGAGCCGGGGAUGGGGACUGUGGGGAAGAGGACAGCUCAGGGAGAGGUCCUGUUGGUGUCUGACCCAUCACAACUGGCCCAGCAUCCCAACUUCUCUCCGGGGCAAAGGGUGGUGCCCAGUGGCCUCAGGAGGCCUGCCCAGGCUCCCAUGGAGCUUCCAGUGGCUGCUCGACCCCCAUGGCUGCUCCCUCUGAGGCCUGCACACUCAUGCUUGCCACAUUACCAAUCCCACUGGGGGCUUCUGGCGUGGAGGGUGCCGAAGAGGGAGUGCCAAGCCCCCCGAAUUGUGGGUCUUCCUUCCAGUGGCUGUCUUGUGGACUCUGGCCCCACACGCACAUGACUCUGGCCGGCCUCAUAGCACCAUGGAAUGGGCCUCGCUGCCACCGGCCUCAUAUUCUGCUCUGCUGGGGUUGGAGAAAUCAGAACAAUAAACACAGAUGCAGGUGGCCGCCCGGCCUCUCUUGCCUGCUUCCUUGGCGUGGCUCUGCUUUUCUCAGUGGUUCCGCAGCUCUCCUGGGGCCCCUCCCAGCCGUGUCCCCGUGCAGCCUUCUUGAACCUUGGGCUUCUUCAACAGCCCCAGCGUUCAACUGAGUAACCCGUGUGUGCUCUCAGGUAUUGGUGGGGGUGGUGGGCAGGCUAACAGGCCUGAGGACUUAGGACACGGGCUCUGCCUCUAGAGCUUAGGUAAGGAGCACGAUCUGGCCACUGAAAACUCAGUACCCCCAGCUGUCUGGCCAGGACCAAGGCAGGGAUUGUCAGAGGACUUCCUGGGAACCAGAGCAGAGCAGACCAAACACUGCUCAGUUGUACCAAGGUCAGAAGUGAGAUCCAUUCUGAAUGGAGGUGGCAGGGCCUCCCUGGGGCAGGGCAGGGUAGGGAAGCUUUUGGUCCUGAGGUUGCCUCUUUGAGCAAGUCCCAAUCACCCCCCUCCCCAAGCCUAGGCACCCUUGGCUCUCCUAUCUCAGAGUUUGGGAGGAGGGAUAGUAAAGUGGGAAGAUGCCCAGGCUCAUUUACCCCUCCCAGGAUGAAUUCCCGCCAUUCCCUGAGAUGUGUCCCCUAGAUCCCACAGGUCUAGCUGUCUGACUCUGGAAGCCAUUUUUUUUUUGACCCACUGUCCAGGGAGCCCAACAUCCAUCUUCAGGCCUCAGGCUUUACUCUCUUCAUGGUUGUACUCCUGGGCUCUGGCCUCUGGAAACGCUGUCCUUCCCCAACCCACGGGCCCUGCAGUCUUCUGGACAAACCCUUGCCAAGGCAGAUGGGGUGUUCAUGGCAUUCAGAGACCUUCACUCCCUUCCCUUGUGUCCUUGGCCAAUACCUGGGGAUUCAUCUCACCCAUGACAGGCCCAUGACAGGGGUAGCCUUCUGGUCAUCUCAGUGCUCACCUGGCCUCCCCCUCACUUCUGCUCCCAGCCCGUGUUGCAGAACCCUAAAGCCUGCCAGCCCAGGCCCUGCUCCAAUCAGGCUCCAAGCGGCUCCCACUGCCCCAGGCCCUCUCAGGCUGGACGCCAGCAGAACUGUAAUCUGCACUGGACGAAGGUGGUGGCUGGAUGGUGGUCACACUCCAGUUCUGUGGUUGAUAUAAAUGACAUGGGUUAUCUGUCCUCAAAGACCUCAACACUGUGCUCAGGCCCCCAUCCAAAUGAAACACUGCCCACUCCCUCCCGUGCAGCAGUCAGUUCUAAAUCAAUGAUGCUUUUGCCUUGGACUGAAUCGUGUCCUUCCAAAAUUCGUACACUGAAGCCCCAACCCCUCCUUCCAUGUGUUGUAUUUGUAGGUAGAACCUUUAAGGAGGUGAUUAAGGUUAAGUAAGGUUGGAAGAGUGGGGCCCUGACCUGACAGAACUGGUGUCCUUGUAUGAAGGGGAAGAGACUCCGGAGUUCUCUCUCUCCACUAUGUGAGGACACAGCGAGGUAUCCAUCUAUAAGACACAAAGAGAUGUCUUAUAAAUCACCAGGAACUAAAUCAGUUGACACCUUUAUCUGGGACUUCUAACUUGCAGAACUGCGAGAAAAUAUAUUUCUGCUGUUUCAGACCCUCAGUCUAUGGUUUUUCAUUACAGUGGCCCAGGCUGAUAUGAUGUUCUUUCCCACUUGUCUUAGUUUGGGUUCCCUUAGAAGCAGAACCUGAGACAAGUGCCCUGCUGGAGAACUCUGGGAGACAGCGUAGAACACAACUCAGAGCUUUCCCACCUGAGUGGCAAAGAAUCUGGGAUACUGAUCCUCCAGGCCUCCUGUGCAAUUGCCUGAGGCCUGCUCCCAGGAGAUUGCCCCUCUGGCACUUCUGGCCUGUCCUCCCAUCUGCACAGAAAAAGCCACCAGUUAGGCUUUUGUUGUAGGAUGUUGCAAGCAGGUACCGGAACUGGACUAUAAGUCCGAAGGGAUAUGGGCAAGCCACCAACAGCCUCCACUCCUAGCCCUUUAGAGAGGGAGCAUCUCCAGGAAUUUCUCUGCCUUCCUGCCACCGGUUUCCCGACAGAACCCAGCUGCUGUGUUCUGCAUCCUACCCUAGGGAUCUGGCGACCUUUGGGGCUGCGUGUAGCUCAGGCAGGACUCACUGUGGACAGGCUUCCCUGACUCAAGCAGAGCUAGGCAGCAGCUUUGACCAGCCCUCCUCCUGACUUCUGCAAAAUGCCCUUCUCCCCACCUGUACCUAUAUUGGCAGGACCCUUCUUCUUCCAGAAAGAAAAUUCUCCCAGAAAACCGGGAAGUGCCAUGCAUUUGGGGAAAAGACAGUCUUUUCAAUAAAUGACAUUGAGUCCACUGGAUAUUCAGAUGAAAAAAUUAAACUUGACCUCUGCCUCACACCAUACACAAAAAUUAAUUCUAGGUGGAUUCUGGAUCCAAAUGUGAAAGCUAAAACAAUAAAGCUUCAUGCCCUUGAAGAUGGACUAGAAGACUUUGGCCAGAGUAACCUCUAAGGUCUGUCUUCCCACUGCAUGGUCAAUUUUAUUUUAUUAUUAUUUUUUAAAGAGUUUAUUUUUUUAAGGAAUCUCUACACCCAACGUGGGGCUCAAAUUCACAACCCCAAGAUCAAGAGUUACACGCUUUACUGACUGAGUUGCCAGGGGCCCCUGCGUGAUCAAUUUUAGAAUGAGGUAAGCAUUGAACAUCCUUGAGGUGGUUCGAAUGGACCCCCAGAUAUCUUUUCUCUUCCCUGGGAUAACUUCUCUAAAUAAGAAAAAGUUCAGGGGCGCCUGGGUGGCUCAGUCAGUUAAGAGUCUGACUCUUGGUUUUGACUCAGGUCAUGAUCUCAUGGUUCGUGAGUUCGACCCUCACAUUGGGCUCUGCCAGGCUCUGCACUGACCAUGUGGAGCCCGUCUGGGAUUCUCUCUCUCCUUCUCUCUAUACCCCUCCCCCGCUCACUCUCUCUGUCUCUCUCUC